ACAGAGAAAGACAUGGAUUCAGGGGGUUCUUGUGCAAGGCUGACAAGGCUGUCAGACUCGGAAGUCAAUUGGGUCGUCAAACUUGCCUGUCCGCUAUUCACUGGCAAUCGUUCUUGAGCUUUUUGGAGAGCCAGUUCUAUCCUCUCACACGACACUGAUCAUCUUGCUGCUUAGCAUUGUCUUUCAGUCAUCUUCCUCCGAGGCAUGUUGAGUGGCAGCCGUAGCUGGCGCCUAUACUCAAAAUGCCUUGGACGUCCGCUACCCAUGGUAGCUAGGCCUGGCUUUGCGAGGGUUCGCUUACAAUCUACAUCCUCCGAACCGGAGUCCCAAGUCUCGCCAGUACUCCUUCAUAGAGCGCGUGCAGUCGCUGCUGAGCAUGCGCAAUUGUCCGCCGCGAACGCGGACAAUUAUGAUGUGUCCGUUGCGAAGAAGAUUGGCGAACUCAGCACGGUCUGCACGGCACUGAAGGAAUGGGACGAUGCACAGAAUUCUCUCGAAGAACUCGAAAGUCUGCUAAACGAUCCAUCCUCCGAUGCAGAGAUACGCAGCCUCGCACAGUCAGACAUGGAAUCUACAGCAGCGUCGCUGCCGAAGAUCACAGCACAGUUGAAGAACUCACUGGUCCCACCGCACCCGUUCGCCAACAUGCCAUGUAUGAUCGAAAUUCACCCGGGCGCAGGAGGCAGCGAGGCAUCCUUAUUCGCCCACUCCCUACUAGACAUGUACAAGGACUUUUGCGCGCGGAAGAGGUGGCCCACAACCCUGGCAUCGUACACCGCCGACGAAUCCGUCCCAGAUGACGCCCUGACCGACGCCCUGCUCGAAGUCAACCACCCCGGCAGCUACGACAUUCUGAGGUCCGAAGCCGGCGUGCACCGCGUCCAGCGCGUUCCCGCGACCGAAAAGAAGGGCCGCACACACACCUCCGCAGUGUCCGUCUUAGUACUGCCCAACUUGCCAGAAUCCGGCGCCGAGUCGGCGCUCGACUACGAAGACCCCAACAGCGACUACUACAUCGGCCCGCAGGACGUGCGGUCCGAGACGAUGCGUGCGCGUGGCGCAGGAGGCCAGCACGUCAACAAGACGGACAGCGCGAUACGAUUGACACAUAUACCCACAGGCAUCGUCGUGGCGAUGCAGGACUCGCGCUCGCAGCACAAGAACCGCGAGAAGGCGUGGCAGCUUUUGCGCUCUAAAAUCGCGCAGAUCCGCCGCGAAGAGCGUGAGAAUGAGGUCAUUGCGUUACGACGCAGUGUCAUGGGCGGAGUCGCAAGAACAGGCCGCGAGGAUAAGGUGCGGACGUACAAUUUCUCGCAAAACCGCGUGACGGACCAUCGAACGGGCAAGGAGUCGUCGAAUUUGCCGGCUGUCAUGGCGGGUGAGGAACCCCUCGAGGAGAUCAUGGAGAGUGUCAAAGAGUGGAUGAGCGAGAACGAGGUAAGGGGGUUAUUGGCUGAGGAGGAGUUGAGAGCCAAACAAGACGAUGGUGGAAAUGGGAGUGGGAAGAAGUGAACACAACACGCGGAGAGCCACAAAAAUGGUAUUGGACAUGCUGUUUUGCCAUUUUUCCUUUCUCUAUCCAGCUAAGUAGAGCUU